AUGCGCACGGGCCGCGCAUCCUCCGGCAGCAGUGUGAUGGACCAAAAAACAGAACAACAGCGACGAAUAGCUGCACGUGCAGCCCAAGCCAUGGCUCAAGUCAUUCAACGAAGACGCAAAUCUCGGUUGUUAUUCGUGUGGGGAGACCGGAGAAAGGUGACGAUUCAGCGUUAUCCCGAUGGAACGCAGGAGAUCCUUAUUCCUCAGAAUUUGACGGCCGAGCAAGAACAUUACGAAUUUCCACCACGAUCCAGGUUUUUAAAGAAACUCGCCGUAUCCACUGCCGAACGACGACGAUAUUCCACCCAACCACCCUCCUCCUCGGAUCCGCACGUAUCAGCCACGCCCACCGCCAUGCAUUCCACUGUCGCGCCUCCUGUGCCAGACCAAGUAGCUAUGGCUGAAUGGUUCUCCAGUCAUAAAUUACGCGAAGAUCAACAACGCCAAAAGAAAGAUCAAGCCGUCAUUGAUUGGAUGACAGACGUCGAACGAUCCACCCCCUUGAAACCGGAACCGUCACCAUGCCUAUCUUCUCAACCCUCCGAACCCAACCCACCGACCAUCACCGUCCCUCCCUUGCCGAAAUCGGCUUCGCUCUCGCCUUCACUUCAUUCUCCCCUCGCUGAUCUGCAUUUUGAAAGCGAGAUUGGUCGUCGAUCGAUUCUGAAUUCCCAGCGACCGGUUUCAUGCUUGCUCGUUCCCCCUUUAGAUAAUUCGCCGGCCAUCCACUACGUUCCGCGGAGUCUACUGCACCGUAACAAACGGGCCAAAAACACAUUCACCACCCAGGACUCGACCGCCGAUAAUCAUACAUUGGAGCAACAAGUCGCCAACCAUAUCCAGGAUAUGUGGCGUCAGGAUGUCAAACAUACCAAGGUCUCGGACCGGCCUCCUCCCAUCUCAGGCAUGGUCCAACUCGUCGAUAUGUUUCACACUACUUUGAAACACCAACAACAAAAAGCCCAAGAACGCAUGCAAAAACUCGAAAUCUUGCUCAACGAGGAACGGAAACGGCGUGAAAAAGCAGAAAAAGAACAUCAACUGGUUGUGAAACGAUUUGAGACGCUAUGCAAGACCAUUGAACGUCAUGACACGUACGAACAUUUGAUGCAUCGGGUCAUGACACUCGAAGAAUCCAUCGUCAAUGAAUCAUCGCGCCGUCAGGAUCUUACGGGAAGCGUAAAAAAAGCGGUGGAAAUGAUGAAUCUCUUGCAACGGUCGGUGGAAAAGCAAGCGCACGAGAGCCAAAAAUCACAAAAGACGCUGCAACAGCAAUUGGAUCAAACCUUGGCGGAGAUCCAACAUCUGAAAAAGGGACAAAGGCCUUCGUCUCAGGAGGGAUUACCGAAACAAGCAAUCCCGUCGCAUCAACGACGUUUGACAAAUCCCACUGUGACAGUGCCCCCAAGGCCAAGUAUGAUGCGUAAAACCACACCUAAAACCACUACCAAUGUCACUUCCACCACCACCGUCAAAACAACCACGCGUCAAACCACUUCCAAGCGGCCCACUAAACGUCCUGUCUUCAAGGGCUGA